UAACAGAAACUCUUACACGUGACACGUGAGCAUGUAAACACAGAGGACAGCAGAGAGGCCCCUCUGUACCCCCUCGAUGAAGUCCCGAUCCAUUUCGCUGGCAUUCAUUGCCGCUGUGCUGUGUGUGUGUCGGGGCUACACCCUGAGGAGCUCGGUGUCCUGGGUGGUUUCGAACGAUGUAGUGGAGCCGGAGGACGCGGACCUGUCAGAGGAGGUGGCCCCCGCGCUGCUGGUGGACACCACCGGGCUGUGGAAGAAGCAGGCUGAGAGUCCUGGAGAGAUGGUAAAGUCCGAGGAAGACACUGUUGUCCAGCUGUCAUCUCGUCUUUUUUCGUAUCCGGUUGAAAAGGUGAAAAACUCCGCCAGCAGCACACCUCCUCCGCAUCAAGAGACUGCGAGGACUGCCAGAUACAUUGCUCACAAUAGUGACUGGGGGGUGCUGUCCACCAUUUCAUCUCAAGAGGGGAUAAAAGGAAUCCCAUUUGGAAACAUCUUUUCAGUCAGUGAUGGCCCCCUGGAAAAUAGCACUGGAAUCAUUUACUUCUAUAUGACUCCAAUGGACAACUCUGUCUCAGACUUGAAGAUAAGCCCAUAUGCAUCUUUGACCUUUUCUGAGGCAGAAGGUGACUUUUGUCGGCAAAUGAUGUAUGAUCCUGAGGAUCCGAGAUGUGCUCGACUGACUCUUACAGGAAAGAUGAUGGAAGUACCUCCCGAAGAUGUAUCAUUUGCGAAGGAAGCAAUGUUUUCCAGACAUCCUGUCAUGGCCAAAUGGCCAGUGAGCCACAAGUGGUUUUUCAUGAGGCUAGACCUGAUCCAAGUAUGGCUGCAGGACUGGACUGGAGGCACAUCACUAAUACCUUUGGAAGAUUACUUUAAAGCUACGCCUUUCUGAGAUUAUUUUGGCUGUGUUGCUGUAUUUCAUGUCUUAUUUUUUUUCAGGACUUGGAAACUUGAGGGUUUUAAGUAGGCAACUUGUUGGACUACAGUAUUUUAAGAGAAUGUAUAAAUCCACCUCAUGUGUCCCAAAAUAAAAUGAAUGUAUGACUAUAUAUUUCCACACAAGCCCACUGGCAUCCUGGAUGGUAAAAACACUUAUGAUCUACCCACUAGAUGGCGCACUGUGAUCAUUUACUACACUGAGCAAGGUUAAUUUAGGUUCAUUUAAGCCUUUGUCAUUCAAAUUCAGUAGUUUUAUCACAUCACCUGUUCAAUUGGGAAUUUCUUUAUACUUUGUCCGCUUUAGCUAUGGGCUUUACCUCAUGAUUUAGCGACCUGCCCAUAGACUGUAUAUGAACCUACCCUGUGUUGAUCAUUCCCCUCAUCCUUUUAGUAAGUCAAAUAAAAUGUACUUAAGAAGAACGUGUAAAAUAUAU